GUCGCUCUCUCCUAUCAGUCAAACCUAGGCGAAUGGACAUACUUCUUGGACUGCGAAUAAUCAAUUUCCGUAGAAAAGGUGUAGAAGCUGUGCAUUGAACGUUUCUCUUGAGAGCCAAAGCCAUGGCUAGUCCUUUGGAUACCAACUCUUCAUUAUACAAAAGAGUAUCAAGAUGCAUUGCAAGUAUGAUACGUUUCCAUCGAGCUAAUACUUCUAAAGAAGGUUUGUGUCCACAAGUCAUUAUUUCAUGUUAUCGUCUGCGGCACCGAUGGUCUCCCAAAGCACUAUCGUCUGCCCAAUUACAGAAGGAAGAACUUGUCAAAAGGAUUUUGAACCAGAUGAUCGAGGCCAACAUUCUGGUGAAAAUACCUGAAAAGGAUACGCCUUCUGGUAGAAAUUUGCCGGCAACGAUAGAGCAAAGUUAUGUUUUGAUCCCUGAUUAUCAGACGGAAAGCUGUAGACCAGGCGAUUCAUGUGAUGAUUUACUGAGCUCAGGAAUAUCUGAGCCAAAUCAAGUAGUGUUUGGUACAAGCCUCGCGACACAAAAUAGCAUAAUAAGUCGUGAGUUUGUCUCUAUGAGUGAACUUGAACCAGAUGCGUCGCGCUUUUUCUUCCCAACUAAUAUCAAUAUUCUUGAAUCUUCCACAACAAUACAAAAUAACAAAAGGCGGCGUACACCCAAUACCAAUGACAGUUCUCGUGGCAUAGAGCAAUCAAAUAAUGGUAAAGAAAACCAGGCCAGCUCAGAAUUGUUGACUGUCGUUCCAUCAUCUGUUAGCCAUCGAGUGGAAUCGGGGUCGCAAAGCCCGGAGACUGCGCAGUCAAAUGCUGAAAAGAUUGCACAAGAGGUUGUCAAUCUUCCUUGGCUUACUCAAGGUCUCCAAGAAUUGAGGGAAAAAUAUCCCGAUGAUCAAUACGAACUUGUUUACGAGAACGAACUACUACAGAUCAGAUGUCACGACUGUAAAGGACGACUAUACAAGGUGCAUUAUCAAAACUGUGACGUUUCGAAUAUGGAGUGGCAUGCAAAGUCGACUGGACAUGCCAAUAGAGUAGAAGAGAGGUUGGCUGAAUCAAGAGGUGAAGCAAGGCUCACAGAUGGCGUCAAACACAGACGAGAAGCCCUCGAAGCUGCAAAAAGAACUGCUCCACAAAGAUUUCGAAAGCCAAAAUCUAGAUCUGCAGUUCCAAGAUCUUCUGUAACCCCGCUAUACUCAGCACCACAAAAUCCAGGCUCUACUUGGCAUGUACCCUUAAAUCAAGAAAUCUCUCAGCAAUCUCGAACAAACAGCCAAUAUCAACCAUCUUCUACGCCAGACCAAGUUAGGCUCAGUAAUCAGCAAAGAUUCGAAUUAGACAGCCCCAGCGCCACGCCGCCUACUCCUCGACUCAUCUUUGAGGAAUCUAAUCAACAUGAGUCGCCUUAUCCUGGGAUAAAACAAUUAGAGUUACGUGUCGAGGGCUUGGAAAUUGAAAACAGCGCCCAUGAACGUACGAUCACCGUGUUACAAGAUAAACUGCGAACACAACAACAAAUAAAUAGUACCCACCAAUCUGUCAUCAAAGAUUUAAUCCUCCGAGUCCAAGCAUUAGAACAAAAAGAAUGAACUGCAAGGACCGACACUAGAAGAUUUCAUUACAGAUUCCUGUAACAUCAGUGACGACGAAUAAAAGGAAUGGCGCAGGUGCUAGGCCGACUGAGAUUGUGUUUGGUUUAGAAAAUAGUACUGGGAUGGCUAUCUGGCGGCUGUCUAGUUGUGUCUUGAUAAUCGAGGAAUAAUUAGAUAAAGACAAAUGCAUAUUGCAAGCUGAAAAUCCGUCAAGUAUGGAUGUUAAAUGUCUAAACACAAUGAAAAACUCCGGUGAUCUUUUAUUGGUAAAAGAUAGAUCGGUGUGUAUAUUGAGCAAUGUAUAUCUUGCUGAUAUAGUGUUAGUCUUGAUGUAUUUAGAGAAGAACGCGUUAUAUUUGUAAAUUGGUAAUUUACAGUUAGCUAAACUCAAUACCAUCAAUUUACUUGUCAUUCGCCA